UCUCGUCUCCGUUCAUCCCGUCGCUCCUUCGCGUUUGACCCUCCCGUUCCUGUUUCUCUCUUCUCUCUGUCCGUUUCUCCCUGCACUGUUCCCUCUGAUCUUUCUUGCUCUCUCUUCCUUCCUCAUCUCCAUCUCUCUCUCUCUCUCUCUCUGAAAUCUUUGAACUUUCUCGGCUCCUUUUGUUCCCUUUGUCUAGAUAGUCGGGUCUCUUCUUCUUAAGUCACCUAAAUCCUGCUACCCAUGAGCAGACCCACAUCCUAGUCCUCUGUGGCCUCGCCUUUCAUCCCUUAAAUCUCCUUUCAUCGUCUUCUCAUUGUCUUCAAAUUCCUAUAAUUGUUUUCAUUAUUAUGAGGAGGCAUAAAAGGCUGCCUCUUCCUGCCUCGAUCCCUCUUGGUCUCUAGGUGUCUUCUGUGCUUUCCGUUUCAUCCUUUGCUGUGUAUCCUUAGAUAGUUCAACAGACAUGGCUGGUAGCAAUGAACUCAACCUUAGUGAAUCCAAGUGCGUUGUUCCACUCAAUACUUGGGUUCUCAUCUCCAAUUUCAAGCUGGCGUACAAUCUCCUUCGUCGCGCAGAUGGAACAUUUAACCGUGAGCUAGCCGAGUUCCUUGAUCGGAAGGUCCCUGCCAAUACAAUUCCAGUAGACGGAGUAUUCUCUUUCGAUCACGUCGAUCGAAAUACUGGCCUCUUCAAUCGAAUUUAUGAACCAGCUCCUGAAAGUGAGGCUAAGUGGGGCUACAUAGAACUGGAAAAGCCCCUGAGUACCACCAAGGUUGUCCCUGUCAUCAUCUUCUUCCAUGGUGGAAGCUUCUCUCAUUCCUCGGCCAAUAGUGCUAUCUACGACACUUUCUGCCGCCGCCUCGUCAACAUUUGCAAGGCUGUCGUAGUCUCCGUGAACUACCGCCGUUCACCCGAACAUCGGUACCCCUGUGCCUAUGAAGACGGCUGGGCUGCCCUAAAAUGGGUUAAAUCAAGAACGUGGCUUCAGAGUGGGACUGAUUCCAAGGUUCAUGUGUACCUAGCCGGGGAUAGUUCUGGAGGCAAUAUUGCACAUCAUGUGGCUGCGAGGGCAGCCGAGGAGGAUGUUGAGAUUUUGGGUAACAUUCUUCUUCAUCCAUUGUUUGGUGGAGAGAAGAGGACAGAGUCAGAGAAGAGACUGGAUGGGAGGUACUUUGUGAGAUUACAAGACCGUGAUUGGUAUUGGAGGGCUUUUCUUCCUGAAGGUGAAGAUAGAGACCAUCCUGCGUGUAACCCUUUUGGCCCCAGGGGAAAAAGUCUCGAGGGACUUAAGUUCCCUAAAAGUCUUGUUUGUGUGGCUGGUUUGGACCUUCUCCAAGAUUGGCAAUUCGCAUAUGUACAGGGUCUCAAGGAUUCGGGUCAAGAUGUCAGACUCCUUUUCCUGAAAGAAGCUACUAUCGGUUUCUACUUCUUGCCCAAUAAUGAUCAUUUCUAUUGCCUCAUGGAGGAGAUAAACAAGUUCGUCAAUUCUGACUGUUAAUAUACUACUUAACCUUACCUACUACAACAAGGCCAUACAUAACAAAAGCGCCACACUUCUCAUGGGUUCUAUUUUUGUAUCUUCUUCUUUUUUUCCUCUUUUCUACUUCAUAUAAAUAUGGUGUGUAGUUAUAAAAAUUGCGUAGGGGAUGGAUUUACUUCAUACUAUUGUAACAUCCAUGGCGGUCAAUCCGAGAGUUCUGAAACUCCGAGGACUCUUUGUCUGUUAUCUGCCCAUGUCUUUCUGAAGGGUAGUUUCUGCAGUUUGAAGUAGAAAGCUCUGUUCGGUCAGGUGGUUUGUCAAGCUUGCCCCACUUAUCCUUAAUGACCACAGUCACAGAAGGAAGAUGGAGGGCGAAGCGCCUUGUUGGUCGUCACUUAGGCUAAGGAAAUGGCUUCCUAUUGUAGCACUAAUUUCUUAAUGUAAAGCGGAGCAAAUCCCAUGUUAUUAUGAACUUGUAUGCUAUACUUAUCAGACUUUUUCCUAUAGUUUUAUCAAGUAGUUAACGUUACAGUAUUAUAUGUGCACUUGUUCUUGUUC